GUCCGGAAAUCUGUUUCAUGUAGCUUGGCAAGGAAAUUUUGAAUCAUGGAUACAGGAUCCUUUACACGUAAGACCUAUUGCUCAUGCCAUUUGGGAUCCCUCAUUUUGGGCAACCCGCUGUGGAAGCCUUACUCGAGGAGGGUGCUGCCGGUCCAGUGAAUAUCGCUUAUUCUGGGGUUUAUCAGUGGUGGUAUACAAUUGGAUGCGCACCAAUGAAGAUCUUUAUACUGGAGCUCUUUUUCUAUUAUUUCUUUCUACGCUAUCCUUAAUAGGGGGUUGGUUACAUCUACAACCCAAAUGGAAGCCAAGCCUUUCGUGGUUCAAAACGCCGAAUCUUCGUCUGAAUCAUCAUUUGUCAGGACUUUUCGGAGUAAGUUCUUUGGCUUGGACAGGACAUUUAGUUCAUGUUGCUAUUCCCGGAUCCAGGGGGGAGUACGUUCGAUGGAAUAAUUUCUUAGAUGUAUUACCCUAUCCCCAGGGGUUGGGUCCCCUUCUGACGGGUCAGUGGAAUCUUUAUGCCCAAAAUCCUGAUUCGAGUAAUCAUUUAUUUGGUACCACUCAAGGAGCGGGAACUGCCAUUCUGACCCUUCUUGGGGGAUUCCAUCCACAAACACAAAGUUUGUGGCUGACCGAUAUUGCUCAUCAUCAUUUAGCUAUUGCAUUUAUUUUUCUCAUUGCCGGUCAUAUGUAUCGAACUAACUUCGGAAUUGGGCACAGUAUCAAAGAUCUUUUAGAAGCACAUACUCCUCCGGGGGGUCGAUUAGGACGUGGGCAUAAAGGCCUUUAUGAUACAAUCAAUAAUUCGAUUCAUUUUCAAUUAGGCCUUGCUCUAGCUUCCUUAGGGGUUAUUACUUCCUUAGUAGCUCAACAUAUGUACUCUUUACCUGCUUAUGCAUUCAUAGCACAAGACUUUACUACUCAAGCUGCUUUAUAUACUCAUCACCAAUACAUUGCAGGGUUCAUCAUGACAGGGGCUUUUGCUCAUGGAGCUAUUUUUUUCAUUAGGGAUUACAAUCCGGAACAGAAUGAAGAUAAUGUAUUGGCAAGAAUGUUAGACCAUAAGGAAGCUAUCAUAUCUCAUUUAAGUUGGGCUAGCCUCUUCCUAGGAUUCCAUACCUUGGGCCUUUAUGUUCAUAACGACGUUAUGCUUGCUUUUGGUACUCCAGAAAAGCAAAUCUUGAUUGAACCUAUAUUUGCCCAAUGGAUACAAUCUGCUCAUGGUAAGACGACAUAUGGGUUCGAUAUACUCUUAUCUUCAACGAAUGGCCCCGCUUUCAAUGCAGGUCGAAACAUAUGGUUGCCCGGAUGGUUGAAUGCUGUUAAUGAGAAUAGUAAUUCGCUUUUCUUAACAAUAGGACCUGGGGAUUUCUUGGUUCAUCAUGCUAUUGCUCUAGGUUUGCAUACAACUACAUUGAUUUUAGUAAAGGGUGCUUUAGAUGCACGCGGUUCCAAAUUAAUGCCGGAUAAAAAGGAUUUCGGGUAUAGUUUUCCUUGCGACGGCCCAGGGCGCGGCGGUACUUGUGAUAUUUCUGCUUGGGACGCGUUUUAUUUGGCAGUUUUCUGGAUGUUAAAUACCAUUGGAUGGGUUACUUUUUAUUGGCAUUGGAAACACAUUACAUUAUGGCAGGGCAACGUUUCACAAUUUAAUGAAUCCUCCACUUAUUUGAUGGGAUGGUUAAGAGAUUACCUAUGGUUAAACUCUUCACAACUUAUUAAUGGAUAUAAUCCUUUUGGGAUGAAUAGUUUAUCAGUAUGGGCUUGGAUGUUCUUAUUUGGACAUCUUGUUUGGGCUACAGGAUUUAUGUUCUUAAUUUCCUGGCGUGGAUAUUGGCAGGAAUUAAUUGAGACUUUAGCAUGGGCUCAUGAACGGACACCUUUGGCUAAUUUAAUUCGCUGGAGAGAUAAGCCCGUGGCUCUUUCCAUUGUGCAAGCAAGAUUGGUCGGAUUAGCCCACUUUUCCGUGGGUUAUAUAUUCACUUAUGCAGCUUUCUUGAUUGCCUCAACAUCAGGCAAGUUUGGUUAAUUUAGUUAUUUUUUUUUGUACUGUAUCAGAACCCAGUUCAUUACUCUUGAUGGAGAGGGAGGAUCCGCCUUUUUAGAUUUUUGCUAUUUAUUUUUCUAUCUAGGAUUAGAACCAUAUACUUGGUAAUAAUAGGAACGGCACAUUAUGGCAAAAAAAAGUUUGAUUCAGAGGGAGAAGAAGCGGCAGAAAUUAGAACAAAAAUAUCAUUUGAUUCGUCGAUCCUCAAAAAAAAAGAUAAGAAGCAAAGUUUCCCCUUUGAGUUUGAGCGAAAAAACAAAAAUGCAAGAAAAAUUGCAAUCCCUACCACGUAAUAGUGCACCUACACGCCUUCAUCGACGUUGUUUUUUAACCGGAAGACCUAGAGCUAACUAUCGAGACUUUGGGCUAUCCGGACACAUACUUCGAGAAAUGGUUUAUGCAUGUUUGUUACCGGGUGCAACAAGAUCCAGUUGGUAAGGAUAAAAUACCCUUUCUUUCAUAUUUGUAUGGUUUUCUCGAAUUGAUGAUCGUAGAAGAGCCCUCUUUACCAUUCUGUAUAAAUGGACUAUUCUAUUUGUAUAGAUAUGGUAGAGGGGCCUAUCCAACCCACUAGUUUCCCGCUAAGAAGGUGGAGCAGUUUGGUAGCUCACAAAGCUCAUAACCUUGGGGUUACGGGUUCGAUACUGACUACCUGCUCCAUAUUCCUUCUUUAUGAUAUAUGUAUCAUCCAUUUGUAUAUGGUAUAUGGAUUUGUUUUUCUUUCCUAAAAGAGUUUCGGUCUAACAGUUUUUUAUUAUUUCUCUGAAAUAUAAAAAAGAAAGAAUAAAAUAAGAAAGAGAAGCGUCCAUUGUCUAAUGGAUAGGACAGAGGUCUUCUAAACCUUUGGUAUAGGUUCAAAUCCUAUUGGACGCAAUCUUUUUUCUAUCUAUUCUUUAAAUAACUAUA